UUGGCUGCAUAUGUUGAUGAAUUAGUAACUAAAACCGAUUGAUUGAUUAGGAAGGAAUAGUUGUGUGAAAUAGUUUUUGGAUUUUCGGAAUAAAGUGAAAAAAUUAGGUGUAAUUGAAGGUGGAAUGGUGGCAACGUUGGAUGCGCGCGAGUAUGUCCCAUUGCUCAUUGGGAGAACGUUCCCCUCCACUCGCCUAGGUCCUCGUCCUCGUGGCUCCCCGCUAAUGAAAACAGUGCUACGAGCUACGAGAUGAGCUGUUCGCCGAGUUUGUCCGUUCACUGUUCCACUCUAAGAUGGCGAAUUUGUGUACUUAGUUGUUUGUUGAAAUGGAUUUCAGAAAUGUGAUAACAGACUGUUCGAAAAGUGAUAAAUUUAGUUAAGUCGUGUUUUCGUGCAAUCACCAGGAGUAGAGAACUUUUCGUUUCGGACUGAAAUAACUGAGAGAACAAUGCGUGAGUUUAAAGUAGUCGUCCUCGGAUCGGGUGGGGUUGGGAAAAGUGCUUUGACUGUUCAAUUUGUGUCCGGAUGUUUUAUGGAAAAAUAUGAUCCGACUAUUGAGGACUUUUACCGCAAAGAAAUCGAAGUGGAUAAUUCGCCUUGUGUGCUCGAAAUUCUGGAUACUGCGGGAACCGAGCAGUUUGCCAGCAUGAGGGAUCUUUAUAUCAAGAAUGGGCAAGGUUUCGUGGUAGUUUAUAGUUUGACAAAUCACCAAACGUUCCAGGAUAUCCGUCCUAUGAAGGAGCUCAUUACCAGAGUUAAGGGCAUUGAAAGGGUGCCCAUCCUCCUAGUCGCUAACAAAGUUGAUCUUGAUCACCAGAGAGAAGUGGACUUUGAAGAAGGAAAAACGCUUUCGCAACAGUGGGGUUGUCCAUUUAUUGAAGCCAGUGCAAAAAAUCGAACCAACGUGAAUGAAGUUUUUGCGGAAAUCGUCCGAGAGAUGAAUGUUAGUCCGGAGAAGGAAAAACGAAGUUAUUGCUGCUGUACUGUACUAUAAGCGGCCUCAUUUUAUAAUUUGAUGGGAACAAAUGAUUGUGUUACUGCAACACUCCUCCUUUGUGCUAACUGUGCCGACUGUCAACAAUUUAACAACAAUUAAACCAUGUGGACAAGAUCAUCUUAUAUGUAAAUGCUCAUACUCCUAGUUCUAAUUUUUGAUGGCUUAGACCUGCACAAUACCAAUAUAUUUUUAUACAUUAAAACCGGAUGAAUAACAUGAUGCAUAACCUAUAUGCUCUGUACUCACUAGUUUUUUAAAUUAAAUCAUAUCUAUUGUGUAACUUUAAUAGUGCCUCAAACCAAAUGAACUGACUGCAAUUUGUGCAUGGAUUGGAUAUGAUAUUAGAAUCGGCCUAAGUAACACACUGAGUCCCAAAUGAUGAAUCCAGCCAAGGGCUACAGACUACUCCAUGCCAAUAGGAUAAUUUACAUUUUACAACAUGGUUCUGGAAACCAGUGAGCUCAUCCUGUACAUACUAGUACAUAAAUUGUCAGAGAUCUGUGUUGUACCAUAUGAACUGAGACAUUUUAAUCAAAGUGUGAAGCAUGCCUGGUAUGAGAGUGCUUGGAAAGUAAUUAAUGUUUUGUAAGUAAAUUUAAACUGAUAGAAAAGCUGAUAGAAUGUGUGUUCUGAGAGCCAAAAAGGAUUUGUGAUAUAUACGUAUUAUAAUAAAAAAAUAUCUCAA